UAGCGAUAAAAAUAAUUAAUUAUUCACUUUACAGCUUGACACAUAAAUGAAGUCAUCGAACUACAACUGCCAUUUUAUGGAAAGCAACCUGAGUGAGCUGGACGACUGUUUGUCCCCUUUUUUGUGGGAAGUUAUUGCUAGGCUAGUGUUAUUCUAGUUUCAGCAAUUGGAAAGGACAUCAAUACACCGAAGAUCACAGCGGUGCUUAUUCUGAAGUGUCUGCGUUUUAACAGGGUUACGAAUUUUUGCUGUAUCUAGACUAGUUAGAUCGCUGGCUUCCGUCCGUGACGGACGACGAUGAGCUACGGCAGGCCGCCCCCCGACGUCGAGGGCAUGACUUCUCUCAAAGUAGACAACCUGACGUACCGCACCUCGCCCGAGACCCUACGCCGCGUCUUCGAGAAGUACGGUCGAGUCGGAGACGUGUACAUCCCCCGGGACCGCUAUACGAAGGAGAGCCGCGGCUUCGCCUUCGUCAGGUUUCACGACAAGCGCGACGCCGAGGACGCCAUGGACGCCAUGGACGGGGCGCUGCUAGACGGCCGCGAGCUGCGCGUGCAGAUGGCGCGAUACGGGCGCCCCCCGGACUCCUACUACGGCCGGAGAGGAGGACCCCCUCGGCGGUACGGCGGUUACGACCGGCGAAGCAGAAGCCCGAGGCGCCGCAGACGCAGCCGCUCGAGAAGCAGGAGCCGUUCUCGUUCCCGCAGCCGCUCCCGCUACAGCCGCUCCAGGUCGCGCUCCUACUCGCGCUCGCGCUCUCGCUCCAAGUCCCGCACGCCCCGCAGGAGCAAAUCUAAGUCCAAGUCCAAAUCCGCGUCCAGGUCCCGCUCCAGGUCUCGCUCCAAGUCUAAAUCUAAGUCCAAGUCCAAAUCCAAGUCACCGUCUAGGAGCCGCACGCCGCCGUCCAACAGGAACUCCAAGUCCCGGUCGAGGUCGAAAAGCGCGCCAAAGUCAGCCGAAGAGGAUGCGGCGGGAUCUUCGUGAGCGCUGCUGAUUCCUGUUUGCAAAAGAGGAGUUUGGGGCAGUAUGAGCAGUUAGAGGGGGUGUGAUCCGGCCAGGGCCCUGGUGCUGCUGCUGGGGGUUGCUAUGGAGCAGGUCGGUGUGUCAGUGUUGGGGUGGUGCUCAGAUUUUUCAGAUGGAUUCUGCACAUCUUGUUGGAAGUAAAGAUCUAAGAACCCGAUGACUUCCGUUCCCGCAUUAUUUCUAACUAAAAAGGCGCAGUUGUGUAGCAGUUGAGUAUUGCUGGUUAGCUGUUAAGGUGGCGUGUUGCAGUGCAGAGUGCUUGGCCGUUUCCUGUUUUCUCCUGCUUACCUCUCCUCGGUAACCUUGCUGCGCUGUGGCAGUGUGUAAACAUGGCUGGCACCCUUUGGUAAAUGUUCAUCUUUUCCUGUUAUAUUUUAAUAACCUUUUUUAAAAUAAAGUGAAUAGUGAAAACAUGUGGCAAGUUUCUUUUUAAAUAUUACUUGGGUUCUGUGGCUUCGUUUUAGUGCAUUCUUGUAUUUCAGUUUAUUGGAACUGACAUCUGCCAACAUGAAUAAAUGUUUAAUUGCUCAUUGCAUUAAAUCUGCAAUUUCCUAGCUGUUUGUUUGCCAUAAAUAAGACUUCAGAGUUACUACUGUCACUGUAGAAUCAUUUCUCAAGGAUCAGUGAGCAUGGCUAUGGUGGGGGGGGGGG